AAAAAGAGAAAAUUUAAUUUUUUUUUUGUUAUUUUUCUUCUUCUUUAAUUACAAUUAAUUUUAUUAGUUAUUAUUUAAUUGUUUCUAUUGAUUGUAUUUAUUUUCAUUGAUUGUAAUGUCUUCUCUUGCUAAGACGAAUAAAGCUUUUCAGAGACUUCAUCGUGAACGUCAUCAGCCUGAAAGUCGGAAAAGAUUUGGUUAUCUGGAAAAAAAGAAAGAUUAUAAAACUCGAGCCUUAGAUCAUCAGAAGAAAUUGAGAAGAGUUACCCGUCUAAAGGAAAAGAUUGCUAAUAAAAAUCCGAAUGAAUUUGAUUUCCAUAUGAUCAAUUCUGGCCUGAUUAAUGGUCGACAUUACGAGAAGCGGAAAGAUUCAGAAAAUGUAGAGGAAGUUGUUUCAAAGAAUUUGAAAUAUCUAAAUUGGAAAAGAGGAGUUGAACUGAAAAAGAUUGAAAAAUUACAAUCGGAAUUACAUUUUAUCAACUACAGUGAUGAGCCAGUUAACAAGAGGAUUAUCUUUAAAGAACAAGGACCCAAGAAAAAAUUAAAAGCAAUCGAAGUUACUAAUCAAUCAUCAUCGUCAUCAAAGAAAUCAAAUUCUCUGGAAGAAUUAACCAAAUCAGCUAAACAGAUCAACGUUAGAUUGAAUAAGAAAAUUCUCGACAAAAUUGCUAAAGAGAAGACAAAAUCUUACAAAAAUCUAAUGACUAGACUUGAUAGAGAAAAACGAUUACGAGAUUUAAUUGUGAAAGGUGAUUUUACAUUGAAAAAAUCUUCCACUAAAUCAAAAUUAAAUCCUAAGAGAUUUGCUGAUGAAGAUGAUGAUGAUGAACAACUAGACAAACAAUUAAUUAAAAAACUACGAAAAUAACCAAAACUAAACACUUUGUAAACGAAACAAAAUUCAAAAUUCUGAUUUCCAUCUAUGUAAAAAGUAUCCUAAUUUAAUCUGUUAAUUAAAUCUAUUGAUCGUAUUUGGGAAACAAGGAACAAUUAACAAA